AGUUCAAAAAUUUCAAUGGAAACGGUCAAGAAGUUACAGAUAGCAUCAAGAAGGAAGUUCCAGUUCACGAGAAAAGGCCAUGAAUUUUUCUCUACCCUCUAACUGGUCCUGUUAUCAAUAUUACAGAUAAAAAGAAUUCUAAACUGUAUAUAAACACUGGAUUUCUUGAAUAUAAACCUUACUUUAUGUUUAAAUGUAUAUAUUAUUUUUCUUCGUCUUCUAUGGGGAACCAAGAUCAGUGAGAAAGCUAUACUGUAUCAUACAGAAUAAUGCAAUGAUUAGUUUAUCGUUAAUAGAAUCUUCAAACUUUGUUGUUUAGUGAGAUGCCAACCUGAGAAAGACGUGCCAAUUCUAUUUCAGGACUUAUUCAAAGCUGCCGGCCCCUAAUUUGAACAUGUUGUUGGCAGAUUUCUGAGAGUACUUAUUAGCAGCCACAGCAAUGAUAUAACAAGCUUCUCUCUGUAAAGUCAGCCAAUUGGCACUCAAAAACUGGUUUAAGCAAAUAACAUCAUCUUUGUUGACUUCUCCUUGUUUUACAACUCAAAACCAGCCAGCCCCCACCCCAUAAAGAAGGAUACCAUUUUGUAGUAUCAUGUUCACACAAAUCAGUUACUUUUUCGAAAAAUGAAUCGAAUUCCCAUCUGUGUGCUUCCUAUUUUGAUCAUUCUUAUCUUUCCAGUGUCAAAUUCGGAAGAAGAAAAUGUGAGGAGGUCGCUGGUGCAGUUCAUGGAGAAACUUUCUGGAGGAAAUAUGCAGCAUGACCCGAAAUGGGGUUGGAGCAAUACUUCUGAUCCUUGCAAUGACACAUGGGCGGGUGUGACCUGUGACUCGAAAUCACAUACCGUAAAGAAAAUAAUUCUUGAUGAGUUCAAUCUCACUGGAACUCUUGACGCCAUUUCUUUGUGCUCGGCCCAGUCUCUUACUGUUUUGAGCCUGAAUCGGAAUAACAUUUCUGGCUUGAUGCCUAAAGAGAUAGGAAACUGCAAACACCUCACUCACUUGUAUCUAAGUGGGAACAAGUUAUCUGGCGACAUUCCCGACUCUUUUUCGCAGCUGAGUAACUUGAAAAGGCUUGACAUAUCCACCAAUAGCUUCUCUGGUCAGGUUUCAGGCCUGUCUCGGAUUUCAGGCCUGUUGUCAUUCCUUGCAGAAAACAAUCAACUUAGCGGGACAAUACCAGAUUUUGAUUUUUUCAAUCUUGAGAUCUUCAAUGUCUCCAACAACAAUUUUAGUGGACCGAUUCCUGAUGUCAAAGGCAAGUUCACUGUUAACAGCUUUUUAGGUAAUUCUGAAUUAUGCGGAAAGCCACUAUCCAAUUCAUGCCCGCCAUCAGCUCCUCCUCCUCCUCCUCCAUCGAAAACAGAGUCGAAGCGUUCAUCAAAAAAUGGGUUCCUUAUCUACUCAGGCUAUAUAAUACUUGCACUGGUUGUGGUGUUAUUAGUUUGUCUAAAAUUAAUUAGUAAGCACGAGCCUAAAGAAGAAAAGAUCGAUUCUAAGGAGGUGAUAACGGAUAUUAGCAGCAAACAUAGUGGUACUUCAGGUGAACUCAAGAAUACGGGGAAUAGAUCAGAGUAUUCAAUUACAUCAGCUGAAAGUGGAGUGGCUUCAUCAUCACUUGUGGUUCUUACAAGUUCUCUGGUGAACGAGUUGAGAUUCGAUGACUUGCUUCGAGCUCCUGCUGAGUUGCUUGGGAGAGGAAAACACGGAAGCCUAUACAAGGUGUUGCUUAAUGAUGGGGUGAUCUUGACUGUGAAGAGGAUCAAACACUGGGGCAUUUCCAAUGAAGACUUCAAGAAGAGAAUGGAGAGGAUAGACCGAGUGAAGCAUCCAAAAGUGUUGCCACCAGUUGCAUUUUACUGCCCGAAGCAAGAGAAACUUUUGGUGUAUGAAUAUCAGCCGAAUGGCAGUCUCUUCAAGCUUCUCCAUGGAUCCCAACUUGGGCAAGCAUUUGACUGGGGAAGCAGACUCAGUAUUGCAACUAGUAUUGCUGAGACCUUAGCAUUCAUGCACCAGGAAUUUCACGAAGAUGGGAUUGCUCAUGGGAACUUGAAAUCCACAAACAUCUUAUUUAACAGGAAUAUGGAGCCCUGCAUCAGUGAAUAUGGUCUAAUGGUGGUUGAAAAUCAAGACCAAUCAAUCCUUUCUCAAAUAGAUAGUUACAAACACAAUGUUCUGAGUAGAGAUAACAUAUAUAGCACAUUCAAGGUUGACAUCUAUGCCUUUGGUGUGAUUCUUCUUGAGCUUCUGACAGGGAAGUUAAUCCAAAAUAAUGGGUUUGAUUUGGCAAGUUGGGUGCACUCAGUCGUUAGAGAGGAAUGGACUGUUGAAGUUUUUGACAAGGCCUUGAUCUCAGAAGGUGCAAGCGAAGAGAGGAUGGUGAACUUGUUACAGGUAGCUUUGAAGUGCGUACAUCCUUCUCCAAAUGAAAGGCCAAACGUAACUCAAAUUGCUGUAAUGAUAAACGCAAUAAAGAAUGAAGAAGAGAGAUCCAUAAGCUCAGAACCAUGACUAAACAUUCCCAUGUAGGAAUUUUGCUUGUAAUUCUUUCAUAUCUGAAUCAAGAAUUGGUUUACAAUGUGUGUUGGAAAAUAACUCUUUCCUUCAAUCUAUAAUUUUGAUUAUUGCAUUUUUAAUUUUUCUUAUCAA